GCGGCGGCAGCCAAUGGGCGCGGAGGACGCCGGGGGGGACACGGCCAAGGUGACGCUCCCCACAGAGCCGCUGCCGCCGCCGGCCCGAGCGGACCCUGCGCAGAUCCAGCAAAAUGCAGGCUCCCGUGGCGCUCCUCAGCUCCCCAGCGCUGUUCCGCUGCUGCUCCAGGGCUCUGGCCAGGCCCGUGUCCGUGGCUGCGUUCAGCAGGCCUGAGGCUCAGAGCACACAGGUGCCGGUGCCGCUCCCGGCGCAGCCGUUCCGGCAGUUCCGCACCGGUGCCCUGGCCCGGGACAUCGACACGGCCGCCAAGUUCAUCGGGGCCGGCGCCGCCACCGUGGGCGUGGCGGGCUCGGGGGCCGGCAUCGGCACCGUGUUCGGCAGCCUCAUCAUCGGCUACGCCAGGAACCCCUCCCUGAAGCAGCAGCUCUUCUCCUACGCCAUCCUGGGCUUCGCGCUGUCCGAGGCCAUGGGGCUCUUCUGUCUGAUGGUGGCAUUCCUCAUCCUCUUCGCCAUGUGACAGCUCCGGGGGCUCCUCCCGACAUAAAAACAGAAUUCCCUACGGAA